GGCUUUAAUUAUUUAUAAUUUAAACGUGCUAAAUAUUAAUUAAAAAUGAUUGCAAAAAACAUAAAUCUAAUCGUUUUGUCUAUAUAUUUAAUUUUACAAUCUUCAUAUGGUGAUGAUUAUACCAAAAGUAUCCUAGGUGAAGACGACGAAGACUAUAUCAUUGCUGGCUCAGGAGAAGGCUUGGAAGACAACGAACCAUCCAGACCACAUUUCACAACCACCUUCAGACCCGAUGAGUAUCCCACUAGUAAUCAAGAAUUUAGAGCACAUUUAGGUGGUAGAACUGAGUUACAGUGCAGCACUGGAAAAUCAGAUGGUUCUAACUUAAAACUAAUUUGGUCAAGACCAGAAGGUCGUUCAUUGCCUACCAACUCUAUCCAACGAAAUGGAAUAUUGUACAUCGACAAGGUCGAACAAGAAGAUGGAGGAGAAUACAAAUGCACAGGUUUCGAUUCCAGUACCAGACCAGUCUUCAACGGCAACGCUUAUCUCACGGUUAUACGUGAAGACGAUGAAGACUUCUUUUCUGGCUCAGGAGGAGGCUUGGAAGACAACGAACCAUCCAAAUCACAUUACAUCCCCACCUUGAGGCCCUACUAUCCCACUAGGAUUCAAACAUUCCGAGCACUUUUAGGUGAUAGAACUGAGUUACAGUGCAGCAUUGGAAAAUCAGAUGGUUCAAACUUCGAAGUAAUUUGGUCAAGACCAGAGGGUCGUUCAUUGCCUCCCAACUCUAUCCAACGAAAUGGAGUUUUGUACAUCGACAAGGUUAAGCAAGACGAUGCAGGAGAAUACAAGUGCACAGGUUUCGAUUCCAGUGCCAGACCAGUCUUCAACGUCAAAGCUUAUCUCACGGUUUUACAUCACGUAUUAACGCCUGCUAUCAAAGCCGAACAGAACGAACAACAAGCUCUUCUCGGCAUGGACGUCAACCUUCGUUGCAGAGUAAUCAAUCCCAGUUACCCCACCACUAUCCGCUGGUACAGAGAGGAUCCCCCUGGUACCAAAGUUAUGUUCGACGACCAAGAAAACGGAGAGGUCCUCUACCUUAGAAACGUCCAAAAACAGGACCAAGGACGGUACUACUGUGAGUUACAGACCAGGAACGGCACAGAUGUCGAUUAUAUUGAUCUUCUGGUACUAGACCCUCCAAGGAUUACCUUGAUUCCGUCUAGACAAGUACUCCAUCCAGGCGAUAACGUUCAUAUCAACUGCAGCGCCACUGGCGAGCAACCCAUCGACAUCUCAUGGUCGUCUUUAGGACGUGAUAUGCCCAGAUUUUACGCCAAAGGAGGAUAUAUACAAUUCGACAAUAUACAAUUGCAAGAUGCCGGUAGAUAUAUGUGUGUGGCUACCAAUAGAGUUGGUCGAACAGAGACUAUGGUUAGUCUCAAAGUACAGUAGAACGUUGGUAGAUAUCGUAUCUUAAGCUGGGUACACAUAUGCGAGCCGAACUGUUCGCGUACAGUUCGUUGAAAAUAUAUUUACAGCGAACUCAUCGCAAACUCACACGACUCAUGGAAAGCGACGAACCAACUAGCGCAAAGUUUAUGUCACGUUCUUAAUGUAAAUAAAGACAUCAAUUAUUUGUUUAUCAACUAUAAAAUAAAAAUUGAUUAGGUACAUUGUGUUUCUCAUCAGACGAAAAAUUGUCCCAAGUGAUUUUGAAUUAUAA